CGGAGGAGGCGUGGCUGUGCCGGCGAAGGCGCGGGCGGGCGGCGCGACCGGACUUCAGCUGUGACACCCACAGCGAGCGGCGGUGGUGGCGCGCGGUGCUGGGCUCAGGACGCGCUCCGCCGUCUCUCGCACCCGAGUUAGGCGCCGGGCUUUGCCUGGAUCGACGCAGCUGCGACGCCGCUAGUCCUGGUGCUGCAUCAGGGGCCGAAUUUCGCCCCUGCAACUGGCGCUCAGGAGCAAUCUUGCCUGCCCCAGGAAAGCGGCACUGAGAGUUUCCCUGGGAGAAAGAGCUGGGACGCGCGCGUAGAGCCACAGGAGACCUGGAACCGACCCGGCAGAGCGGCGGAGAGGUGGCCCAGCAAAAGGUAAUUUUGAACACUAGCCAUGGAAGAUUUGAUGUUUGUCUGCAGCAACUUCCUCGACCCCUAAGUCCUGCAAUCUCCCGUUCUUUUGUACCUAUAAAGGCUCCCGGGUUUCUUCUCAAUCCAGAGUUGUUCUGUGGUGGUCGGCCAUGGGGAGCACCCUGGGCUGCCAUCGCUCCAUCCCCAGAGAUCCCUCGGACCUGUCACAUAGCCGCAAGUUCAGCGCUGCCUGCAACUUCAGCAACAUCCUGGUGAAUCAGGAGCGGCUAAAUAUCAACACUGCCACCGAGGAGGAACUGAUGACCCUGCCUGGGGUGACACGUGCAGUGGCCCGAAGCAUCGUGGAAUACCGAGAGUAUAUCGGCGGCUUCAAAAAGGUGGAAGACCUAGCACUUGUCAGUGGUGUAGGGGCCACGAAACUGGAACAGGUCAAGUUUGAGAUCUGUGUGAGCAGCAAGGGUAACUCGGCACAGCACUCUCCCAGUUCCCUGAGGCGGGAUCUGCUGGCUGAACAGCAGCCUCAUCACUUGGCCACCACGGUGCCCCUCACUCCGAGAGUCAAUAUCAACACAGCCACCCUUGCUCAGCUCAUGAGUGUCCGAGGCCUCAGCGAGAAGAUGGCCAUCAGCAUCGUGGACUACCGCCGGGAACAUGGUCCUUUUCGAAGUGUUGAGGACUUAGUGAGGAUGGAUGGAAUCAAUGCAGCCUUCCUGGACAGAAUAAGACACCAGGUGUUCGCGGAGAGGUCCAGGCCCCCGUCUACCCACACCAAUGGAGGUCUUACCUUCACUGCCAAGCCUCACCCAAGUCCCACAUCUCUGAGCCUGCAGAGUGAGGACUUGGACCUGCCGCCAGGGGGGCCCACGCAGAUUAUCUCCAUGAGGCCCUCAGUGGAGGCCUUUGGAGGUUUGAGGGAUGGGCGACCUGUGUUUAGGUUGGCCACGUGGAACUUACAGGGCUGCUCUGUGGAGAAGGCCAAUAACCCGGGGGUCCGGGAGGUGGUGUGCAUGACGCUUCUGGAAAACAGCAUAAAACUUCUAGCUGUGCAAGAACUGCUUGACAAAGAAGCCCUGGAAAAGUUCUGUACAGAGCUGAACCAGCCAAUCUUGCCCAACAUCCGCAAGUGGAAGGGGUCCCGAGGAUGCUGGAGGUCCAUCGUUGCUGAGAAACCUUCGAAUCAGCUCCAGAAGGGCCCCUGCUAUUCUGGAUUCUUGUGGGACACAGCAGCCAAUGUGGAGCUGAGAGACAUCCCCACACGGGAGAGCUCACCCAGCAACGGUCAUGCCAAGGCUGUGGGCCCCAGCCCAUUCCUCGCCAGGUUCAAGGUGGGAAGUAAUGACUUGAUCCUGGUUAACCUCCAGCUGACAGCCCUGGCCCUCCCAGGAGCUGAGAAUUCAAGCAAGAAUCACAGUGAUAGCCACCGAUUAUUGAACUUUGCACUAACCCUCCAGGAAACCCUGAAAGGAGAAAAAGAUGUUGUUAUUUUAGGGGAUUUUGGCCAAGGGCCAGAUAGCAGUGACCAUGAUAUCCUAAGGAGAGAAAAAUUUCACCACCUGAUCCCGGCUCACACCUUCACUAACAUCAGCACCAGGAAUCCUCAAGGCUCCAAGUCUGUGGACAACAUCUGGAUCAGCAAAAGCUUAAAGAAAGUGUUCACAGGUCACUGGGCUGUUGUGAGAGAAGGGCUCACAAACCCUUGGAUUCCAGAUAAUUGGUCCUGGGGUGGAGUUGCUUCUGAACAUUGCCCUGUGCUUGCUGAAUUGUACAUGGAGAAGGACUGGGGCAAGAAGGAAGUUCCCAGGAAUGGCAAUGGAGUCACCUUAGAGCCAAGUGAAGCCAACAUCAAACAUGAGCGAUGAUAUCACUCUUUCCAGCCUCUGACUUGGGAGAGCAUAUGAAGGAGCUGGCACUGCAGGAUGAGAGGAUCCAGGGCCUGCAAAUCAUCAUUCUGAGGACCUUAGUCUUGGUCCCUGGACCACUGUCUACUUUGUGAAUACUUUAAAACCUCUCCUGAGGAGAGCCUGUCAGGCACUGGCUAUGUUGGGCAUCAUGGCGAAGUUGGCUGGAACUGCGACGUCUUGACGCUAUGUGGCUGAGUUCAGGAUUGAAGUGAGGGCUGCACUGCUGGCUGAAUUGUUUAGCAGCAUGAGAACAGUAACAGAGCAGUGAAGUGCAGAUAGGAAAGAUGGCUCAGGCUGACAAGCAAUGCCACAGCUCUCAUUUUUUCUGCCUCACCAGGAUGUCAUGUUCUGCUGACAAACUUCAGGAAGCUUUUAACUGUGAUGAAUGCACUUCUCAAAGAUUUUUAGUUUUGUUUUGACAAAAAAAGAAUAAUAAACAGAUUAAUCUGCCUGCCUUCA